GCAGAGGAACACGGCUCAGGAGCGACUCAGGGCUCUCGGAUCUGGGGACAGAAGUGAGAUUGGAGAAAGUAGAGCGAUGCCAAGGAGGAAACAGCAAGCACCCAAACGGGCUGCAGGUUAUGUCCAAGAGGAAGAUUUAAAGGAAGAGGAAGAUAUAAAGGAGGAGGAAGAAGAUGACGAUGACAACAACUCCACUGCUCAGCUGCAGAGCAGCAAUGACACUGGCACGGAUGAGGAGCACGAAGUGGGUCCUGAGCAGAAAGGGAACUUCAGUUUCCAGAAUUCCCCUGUCAGUCACAUAUCCAACCAGGACGCAGAGAACGAGUCACUGCUGAGUGACAGUAGUGACCAUGUGGCAGAUAUCAAAAGCAUCUGCUCCAGGGAGCCCCAGGACCCCAAAAGCAGCGCCCCCCCCAAAGCCCAGAGUGAAGCACACAAUUGCAUGGAUAAAAUGACAGCAGUCUAUGCCAACAUCCUGUCGGACUCUUACUGGACAGGCUUGGGGCUGGGUUUCAAGUUGUCCAACUCUGAAAAGAGGAGUUGCGACAACAGGAACGGAGGGAACAAAGCUGAUUUCGAUUGGCACCAAGACGCACUGUCCAAAAGCUUGCAGCAGAAUUUACCUUCCAGGCCUGUCUCCAAGCCCAACCUGUUCAGCUCGGUGCAGCUCUACAGGCAGAGCAGCAAAAUGUGCGGGACUGUGUUCACGGGCGCCAGCCGGUUCCGCUGCCGGCAGUGCAGCGCUGCCUACGACACCCUGGUAGAGCUCACGGUCCACAUGAACGAGACAGGCCACUACCAGGAUGACAACCACAAAAAGGACAAGCACAGACCUACCAGCUACUCCAAGCCCCGGAAAAGGGCCUUCCAGGACAUGGACAAGGAAGAUGCACAAAAAGUUCUGAAGUGUAUGUUCUGUGGUGACUCUUUUGAUUCCCUUCAAGACCUGAGUGUUCAUAUGAUAAAAACAAAACAUUACCAAAAAGUGCCUUUGAAGGAGCCGGUACCAACCAUUUCUUCAAAAAUGGUCACUCCAGCCAAGAAACGUGUGUUUGAUGUGAACAGGCCUUGCUCCCCCGACUCCACGACAGGGUCUUUCUCAGACACCUUCUCUCCCCAGAAGAACGCGAACCUGCAGCUCUCCUCCAACAACCGCUACGGGUACCAGAAUGGGGCCAGCUACACCUGGCAGUUCGAGGCCUGCAAAUCCCAGAUUUUGAAGUGUAUGGAAUGUGGAAGCUCCCAUGAUACCUUGCAGCAGCUCACAACCCACAUGAUGGUCACUGGCCAUUUCUUGAAAGUCACGAGUUCAGCUUCAAAGAAAGGAAAGCAACUUGUUCUGGAUCCUUUGGCUGUGGAAAAAAUGCAAUCGCUGUCUGAAGCACCAGCCAGUGACAGCCCCGUUUCAAAAUCAACCAGUAAAUCAUCUGCAGAAUGCAUAGGCCCUGCCUCUGAACUUAAAAAAGAAAGUAAAAAAGAUAAAGCUGAUGAUGCAAACAAAGAUGAGAAAGCAAUGAAAACUGAGGAGUACGAAGACGCUCUUCAGAAACCCCUGGAUCCCACAAUGAAAUACCAGUACCUCCGAGAAGAAGAUUUAGAAGAUGGUUCAAAGGGUGGUGGGGACAUUUUAAAGUCCUUGGAGAACACUGUCACGACAGCCAUCAAUAAAGCUCAGAACGGAGCUCCCAGCUGGAGUGCAUAUCCCAGCAUCCACGCAGCUUACCAGCUCUCCGAGGCAGCCAAGCCGUCCCUGCCUGUGGGAUCCCAGGUGCUCCAAAUCAGGCCAACCAUGACCAAUAAAUUGAGGCCCAUAGCACCCAAGUGGAAGGUGAUGCCUCUGGUCCCCAUCUCAGCAAACGUGAGCCAGUGCACUCAAGUGAAGAAGGAGGCUGAGGACAAGGAGGAGGUGCAUAAGGACUAUGCUAAGGAGACUGUCCAGGCUGAGCCAGCCUCGCUCAGCCAAAAUGAGAGGGAACCUCCCCUCAAAGCUGAAGCUUCUGUGGAGCCAAAAAAGACAGAACCAUGUCCCUUGAAAGAAGAAGACAAAAUUAAAGAGGACAGUGGAAAAGAAAAGCCAGCCCUCAAAGAAUCACCAGCAGCUCCUCUCAGUAAUGGCUGUGCCACUGCCAACCAUUCCUCAGAGCUGCCCUGUGUGAACCCCCUGAGCGCACUGCAGUCCGUCCUGAACAAUCACCUGGGCAAAGCCACUGAGCCCUUACAGCCUCAAUCCAGCUGCAGCCCCAGCUCUAGCACAAUUUCCGUGUUCCACAAACCUAAUCUAAACAUGAUGGAGAAGCCAGUUUUGUCUCCUGCUCCAACCCCACCAAAGCCUGCAAGCGUAUCCAGGCACUAUUUGUUUGAAAACAAUGAUCAGCCUAUUGACCUGACCAAAUCCAAAGGCAAGAAAGCUGAGUCAGCUCAAGCACAGUCUUGUACUUCUCCACCUCAGAAGCACGCUCUGUCUGACAUCGCCGACAUGGUCAAAGUUCUUCCCAAAGCUACCACCCCAAAACCUGCUGCAUCCUCAAGGAUCCCAUCCAUGAAGUUGGAAAUAGAUGUCCGACGCUUCGAGGACGUCUCCACGGAAGUCUCCACUCUGCAUAAAAGGAAGGGCAGGCAGUCAAACUGGAACCCUCAGCAUCUGCUCAUUUUGCAAGCUCAGUUUGCUUCCAGCCUCUUCCAGACAUCUGAAGGUAAAUAUUUAUUAUCAGAUCUAGGCCCGCAAGAGCGCAUGCAGAUUUCCAAAUUCACUGGACUGUCGAUGACCACCAUCAGCCACUGGCUGGCAAAUGUCAAGUAUCAACUUAGGAAAACCGGAGGAACAAAGUUUUUGAAAAACAUGGACAAAGGACAUCCAGUCUUUUAUUGCAGCGACUGUGCAUCUCAGUUCCGAACCCCCUCUACUUACAUUAGCCACUUAGAAUCCCACCUAGGUUUCCAAAUGAAAGACAUGAACAGGCUGGCUGUGGAGCAGCAAACCAAGGUAGAGCAAGAAAUCUCCAGAGUUUCAGUUCAAAGAUCUCCUGAAACAAUAGCUGGGGAAGAGGACACAGACUCUAAGUUCAAAUGUAAGUUGUGCUGUCGGACAUUUGCGAGCAAACAUGCAGUAAAACUUCAUCUAAGCAAAACACACAGCAAGUCACCAGAACACCAUUCACAAUUUGUAGCAGAAGUGGAUGAAGAAUAACUCUUAAGGACGAUUGCCUUAGCCCAGCUCUCCAGCCCAGCUCCGCGCCCGGCCCCGCGCGCCACCGCGGCCCUGACAUUGAACUCACAGCAACCCGGACCGAGGAGGCUGCCAAAAAACUCCUGCUAUUCUUCUUCAUCCUCACUAACAAUUUGGUAAUGAAGUAUUGAUUUCCACUCCCCUGCUUAUGGACGAUAUUAGAUUUUCAUUGAUAAACUGCACUGGGGCUGUCUGGUCUCCACUGUCCCUUUUUGCUGUCACUAAAACAAAGUGCCACUGAAGUAAGAUAAUGACUGAGAACAUUGAUGUACUUAUUUCGUCAAUUUGUAACACUUGACAGGAAAAAAAAAAUUCUUCAUAGUUUAAUGUCCAAGUGUGCUACACAAGAUGCAGUCACAUUGGAAGCUUUACUUUUCAUGGUAAUGUCCAUUUCCUAUUUAUAACCCCUUUGGGAUAGUUUGUCUAAAGGAAAUGUUUCUAUUCUGUGCAGCUAUUACUGUUGCACCUGGGUUGCCCAAUCCAGUCAUUGCACUAGGGAUCAAUACAUCACAGUAAGUACAAGAAUUAUUAAGUUAAAACAGAUUCUGAGCCAAAAAACCUCUGAACAAUGUUAAUCUUCUGUGCAAGUUGUUCAAAUAGUUAUGCUUAACCAUGUUGCUGCCAAAGAUUUGUUUGAAAUGGAUUAUUUUCAGUUUGUUUUAUUCCUCAAAUAUAUAGAUAUAUUUAAAUCUCCAUUACGGUUUAUGACGAGACAUAUGGGAUGGAGGGAUUUUUAAACAAAAGUACUAUUGUUAGAUUAUUGAACAUUAUAUAAAUAUAGAUAUAUCUAUAUAUAAAUAUCACUAUAUAAAUAUCUAUAUAUAGAUAUAAAAGAAUAAAAGUAGAGUUCCUUUCUCAGUUAGGUGAGUGUAAAUCUGAAGCUCUGUUGUGGUCAACAGAGUGACUUUGGAUUUGUGCCACCAAAACUGGGAUCAGAAUUUGGUGUCCGAGCUCUGUCCGGCCCGGCCAGCACCGCCAGCCAUGCCUUCAAACCCACCCCGACCUGGGAGAAGGGGGCUACAAAAAUGGCAAUUUCAAAUUUGUGCUUGUAACUUUUUUCAUUAAAACUUCGAGGGCCCAAUUUUAAUUUGUGGAAUAUUCACGUUAAUAAUGAGAUCUAAUUAAGACAUCCAUUAAAAGCCCGUUAAAGUUAAUUUAACGUAAAAAUUCCAAUAGAACUGUAUUAGAUUUUCUCCAUUAAAUUAACGUUAUGGAUUUUUAACGGAUGUCUUAAUUAUACAUUAUUAUUAACGGGAAUACUGUAUUACACAGAUUAAAAUCGGGUCCCAAGUCAACUCCCAGAAUCUUCCAGGAUAUGCCAAUGUCACGAGUCCCACUGUUCCUAGUGCACUGCUUGGAAAUCCAGGCGCAGUCCUGCUUGCUCUCGCUCAGAGACAACAACCUCCAGUAGACAAAUCCAUCUCUGCAUUUAACGAUGAACUUCCCCUAUUCUCCAAGGAAAAAUAAGUCUGGAUCAAGUUGUAAAUCGCUAUUCCGUGGCAAAUGAAAUAUUCAAAGUAUGCGAGGCACAAGUGGAGAAGAGGCUCUUUCUCAAAUCAGAAAGGGCUUUGGAGUGUAUUUUCCUGUUGUUUUGUUCAUGAUGUUCAAGGAUAUAAUUGAAGUGCAGCAGUCACAAAAUCAGACUAAAUACAUUCCCUGCAUUCCCUGUGGCCUGUGCAGAAGGGCCUGUUUUGGCACUGCUUGGGAAAUUUUGACAUGAUCCCUAAACUCAAUAUGGAGGAGAAAAAAAGGCCCUUCUUAUUUACCUCCUAGGGAAAGUGUUGCCCUUAUGCCACAUAUAAUAGCAAAUUGCUUUUUUUAUGGCAUGCAUAACCUAGAUGGGAAAAAAUAUGGCGCUUGAGGGAAGGAGGGAAAAAGUAAAUGAAGUUCCAGGAAUGUCAUUCUGAAGUAAUGAGGCAUGGACAGAAAAUAUACCCCUCACAUCAUCGGAUUGAGAUGGCAGUCGAAAUAGCUUCAUUGAAGUGUCAGCACUCAUCCAUCAAUCAAUCAUCCACAAGGAAAAAUAGCGACAGUACAACGGGGCGGCUUUUAUGGGAUUUACUCAUGGGCAUAGGGAAUAGCAGCUCAAAUGUAGUUCUGACAUGAAAAGCAAGGUGCUGAUAUUAUUUUUUAUGAUGGGAGGAUCAUAAAGUGAAUUGAGAACAGUGAGGUCUGUCUUUGCUUAACCUAUUCAACUGGAAAUGAACGGAGCUCAACUGGAAACGAGCAGAGCCUUCAGAUGGGUUAAGAUUGAAGCCUGCACCGUGCUGAGCACCGGCCAUCGACAACAAAAUUCUAUUAAAGCAAAAUCAAUGCAUUAGCAUCGAGCUCCUCAGAAGCUGUUAAAUUGCACAGCCCAGGCCAGAGUCAUGAGGUGAAGUUGCACAAGGUGGGGCCUGUGGUGCCCACCCAAAGGCCACGAGCACGGCAGAAAAUCACCCAGGGGAGAAACUGCACACGGGGCUCCUUUCCCUGAGCUUUUGGGUGCAGGGAGAAAAUACUGGGCUGCUGGCAGCAUGGGGCAGUGAAGCUCCCAGCCCUGGUGUUGUCACGGCCGGGAGUUUGGCUGGGUUUUAAUUGGA